AUGAAAAUCAGCGGGGAAACUCAGAAGGUAAAGGUACCGGUUCGGGCCGGGUCGGUCAUUGACACGUGUCCGGGUCACGUCCUGUUGGAGUCCCAGGCGGUAAAGCAGUACGGCUUGCGAGCCACGCCGCUUGAGCCGGAACAGGAGCUGAAGCCGGGUCGGGUCUAUUUCUUGAUCCAAUUGCCCAAGAACGAUGACAACAGGAUCGGGGCAAGACGGGUCAGAUCCGGGAUCCAUAUGGGCGCCAAGGAACGGCUCGAGAGCCUCAAGCUGGCGCGCCGAUCGGCCUCCGAUCUGUCAGCGCCGCCGCCGCCGCCGCCGCCGUCGGAUGAUCAGGUUGGAGUUCCCGGCGGGGUGAGGGUCAGGAUGCGGCUGCCCAAGGCGGAGGUAGAGAGGCUGAUGGCGGAGAGCAACGACGGCGCCGACGUGGCCGAGAAAAUUGCUAAAUUCUAUGUGGCCGCGACCGGCGGCGGCAGCAACGGCGAUGGUGCGGCCGUUACGAGAAGCGUCAAAUCUCGACAGAAGCGAGUUGGAUUCAUGCCGAUAACCGACCGAGAGAUUCACCACCUUACCGCAGCCUCAUAG